UGACAUCAUAGCAUGCACAUAGGAAGCUUCAUGCUUGUGCUCCAGACAAAUGCCAGAAGUGUGUUGAAUAAUUAAAAAUGUCAACAAGGCGAAGUGGGCCAAAACGUGGGACAAUAUCAACGUCCUCAGGAUUCGAUUUCUCAGAGGGUGAACCGGUUAUUGUUUACCUAAGAUCGUCCAACAUCUGGUGGCCUGGGUUUAUCAAGGACAUUGACGAUGAGCUAAUUGUUCAUUUCUUCAAUGCAGAAACUGAAAAUACUCAAGAAGAAGAAAAACCUUAACAAGUUCAUCAAAAAAUUUGAGGAUGACAUAAAAUGCUGUUAUGAAAUAUUUCAUCUGCAAAGCAAGCCAAGUAAUGAUCGCAGUGAUGAUAGCGACAAGAGUAAAACCGCAUGUGAUCCCAGCGAUGAUGGUGACAAGAAUAAAACCGCAAGUGAUCCUAGUGAUGAUAGCGACAAGAGUAUAACUGCACGUGAUCCCAGAGAUGAUAGCGACAAGAGUAAAACCGCAUGUGAUCCAAGCGAUGAUGGUGACAAGUGUAAAACUGCACUUGAUCCCAGAGAUGAUAGCGACAAGAGUAAAACCGCAAGUGAUCCCAGCGAUGAUGGCGACAAGAGUAAAACUGCCAGUGAUCCCAGCGAUGAUGGCGACAAGAGGAAAACCGCAAGUGAUCCCAGCGAUGAUGGCGACAAGAGUAAAAUUGCACGUGAUCCCAGUGAUGAUGGCGACAAGAGUAAAACUGCACGUGAUCCAAGGCAUGAUGUCAACAACUUGGAGGCGGGGGAAAUAGCGCAAGAUCACAAAGAUGAUAUCAACAACAUCUCUAACGUGGCUGAAUUAGCACAUGACGAUGUACUGUAUCUGCCAAUGGAUGAUGUUAAUUUGUUAUUAGAAGUACUUAAUACUAAUGAAGAAGAACAAGAACAAUUCAUCAUCGGUCUUCUCGGGACAAGCAGUGAUGACCACAACUGCUCUGACGUGGCUGGAAUUGGCAACAACUCUGAGGAAAGUAAAGUAACAUGUAGUGGUCCCAGUGAUGAUGGCAACAACUCUGCUCUGGCACCUGCAUGUGAUCCCGAUGAUGAUGGCAACAGAUCUGAGGAUGAAACUGAACAUGAUCCUUCAUAUGAACCAGAUGACAGCGACUCCAUAGUAUCAGGAACAACUAGUGGAGAAGAGUCUGACGUUAUUUCCUGCUUGUCAUUAAGUGCCUUAGGUAUGAAGAAACGGAAAAGAACGAGGAAUCAACGUCCUCCAACAGAAAAGAUGUGCUCUUCAAACAAUGAUGACAUUUUCAUCAAAAAAGUUUGCAAAAGACAAACUCACCUUGUAAGUGGAAAGGAGAAAAGGGAUGAAAGGGUACAUAACAAGUACCAGAGUUGCCUAUAUUGUGAGAAAUUGGUGGCGAAGCUCAGUAGUCAUGUUUCCAACACGCAUAAGGGGGAAAAAGAGGUGAAAGCAAUUUUGGCUCUUGAGAUUAGGAAGGAUGAUAGCAAGACUGAGAAAGAAAGGAAAAGAACAGCAAGGAAUAGGAGCUUUGAAAAAUUACGGAAUCGGGGAAAUUUCAAGCACAAUCAGAAAGUCCUGGAUAGUGGAAAGGGAGAGUUGAUACUGGUUAGGCGACCAGUUGGAGCAUUCAGGGUAGAAGACUACGGCCCGUGCUGUUACUGCCUAGGAUUCUUCCUGAAGUCAGACCUGGGAAAGCAUCAGACAGAACACUGUCACUUCAAGAAGGGACCCAUUGAAGGAAAGUUGGCUCGGUUCAGAGUGAAAUCUUGCUUGGGAAGCAUUUGA